UGAAAUGUCAGUCUUAUGCACACCCCUUCAAUAAAGUGUUACCAUAAAAUCUAAUAAAACACUAUAAACAAUACGGUACACGCUUUGGCACAACAAUAAUGAAGUUUAAUUACAUAGUUCUCAAGCUUUGCUGUCAUUACAAUGACUAGCAAAUGUAAUUUCUGCUUGGACCCUUUUUGGAAACAAUUUUUUACCCAUUUUCAUAUGACAGACAAAAAACAUGCUACACUUAAAAGUAUUUUCAGAGUUCAAAAAUUAUUUACGUGUGCAUGUCUGUACUACAAGAACAGAACAAGUAAAAUGGCUUUCUUGUAAUAAAAAGGAAAUCACACACACAAAUAUUAAAAGGGAAACAACCAGCAAGGGAUCUAUUGUGCAAUCAUACCCCACUGUGGGUGUGGGCUCUGGCCAUGUGCUCUGUCCAACACAAGAGGGAUAAGCUCAGAAGCUGACCAAGCAGCAAACAACCUCUGUGCAUGUUGCUCUGAAGUCAUUAACUCUCAUGCUGCCAUUUCCACAGAAGGCAGACCACUAGCAAGCAAAGCACUUAACAUCAAAUCAACAAAUAGGGCAAGUAGGAACCUGCGAGAGCUCAUCAUCUGCAAGAAGAACAACAAGAGGGGUGGCAUUUACCAGAAAAGGCUGUAUGGGUGAUUCAUUACGUAUGACCUAAUUACACAUGGAGGGACAAAGAGCAAGGGGACAGAUAAAAUGGGCUGAGGUAAAACAGAUAAAAAUGAAAGAGGAAGAGAAAUACAGCAAGCACAAGCAAGUAGGAAGCCGUAUGUGGGAGGAGAGUGGAAAAAAAAAAAACCUUAAGAGUGCGAUGAGUGAGUCUGUUCCUGUAUGUCACGUGUGUCAUUUUGUGUUACUGCUGGCAACCAGGGAAGGAUGAACCUUUUCUCACGGGGAUAUGAGUAGGAGCGACCUAAUCAGCAAUGAGUACAACUCGAGCAUAACACACACAGCUCACUCUAAGAGACACUGGAGCUCAGAGGACUCAGCCCCCGCCAGAGGACAACAAAGCGAUCUUUACAACCAAAUAUAGCUCUGAAGUAGUGUACGUAUUUCUGCUGCUGUUCUUCUUGAUGGAGCUAGUGGAGAGGACUUCCCUGUGCGGGUUGUAGUCUGACAGCUCUGAGGAGCAUUGAAGCCUGAGAGGAUUGAAGAUUUAAAGUGUUAUUUCUUCAUAGAGACAACAGACUGAACUGCCUACUGAAGGAAUAAGCCGUGGUGGUGCUGAAAUACAAGAGUGAAACAAGGCUAUUAUGCACCAGCUUGGAGGCAGAAAAUGUAGCUUCCUGUUCUGCCUGGGGGUUGUGGCGUGUUCAAUAAUUUAUUGGCUGAGUAGAACUAAACUAGUGGGAACGCCUACAAGCAGUAAGCCCACCCUGGCUGGCAUUGAGAAAAGAGAAAAUUACUGUCAGAACGGAAAACAGAUCAACAGGUUGGCACUACCCAAAAAUGUGGGAAGUUAUAUUCAAAGUACCAAUCUGCAAUGUUCAAAUUUGACUAAAGAACUACACUUUAUCAACACAACUCUGAGUCAUGAAGAAGAGAACUAUCCUCUGGCUUUCAUUGUCACUAUUCACAAGGAGCUAGAUAUUUUUGUUCGUAUGCUUCGAGCUAUCUACAUGCCACAAAAUGUUUACUGCAUACAUGUGGAUGCCAAGGCUCCAAAGGAGUACCAGGAAGCCGUACAAAAGCUCGUCAGUUGCUUUGGUAACGUGUUCCUCUCCAGUCGCAGUGAAAAAGUGACGUAUGCAGGAUUUUCACGCCUGCAAGCUGACUUGAACUGCAUGAAGGAUCUCAUUGCCUCUCCGAUAGCUUGGAGGAAAGUAAUAAAUUUAUGUGGGCAAGAUUUCCCAACCAUGAGCAACCUGGAACUGGUGCAGUAUAUGCAAAGCACUGAAUGGAGGGACAAAAACAUGACACCUGGAGUCAAACAGCCAGCCACUAUGAAGCACAGAACACGAUUCCAGCAUCAUGAGAUUGUGGGGUCACAUGUUGCCCCAAGGGUGCCAAGACACACAAAACCUCCUCCUCCUCACAAUUUGAAAAUUUAUUUUGGAACGGCAUACUAUGCUCUCACAAGAGAUUUUGUGGACUUUGUUCUGAAGAACCAAAUAGCCCAUGACUUCCUGGAGUGGUCCAAAGACACAUUUAGUCCAGACGAGCACUACUUUGUGACACUCAACCACAUAAAAGAAGCUCCAGGCAAUCGUAUUGAUGGAGGUUGGGAAGGAGCUAUCCGGGCAAUCAAGUGGAGGGACCAAGAAGGAAAGACACAUGAUGGUUGCAAAGGGCAUUAUGUACGGGACAUCUGUGUCUAUGGGAUAGAAGACAUUCCAUGGAUCAUCGAGAAGAAGAGCAUGUUCGCCAAUAAGUUUGAGAUUAAUACAUUUCCAGAGGCACUAGAUUGUUUGGAGCAGUGGCACAGAAAUAAAGUCCUGAACCAGGCAACUGUUCCUAUAAAUCCAUCAUGGCUGCUAUGCUCCCACAAUAACUCAAUUAACUUCUUCUGAAACAGAAGUGUUGAAAUCGCUACUGACAUCAUUAUGCUGAUAAAUCUGUGUCUCCCUAGCUGGCUAUGUCAAAACGUGAAUCCAGUGCCCUGAAUUGUGAGAGCAACAUAACUGCACUAUUUAUUAAACUCUUACUUUCCUCUGAUUAUUUAUUAUCUAUCCCAUUUAGACAUUUUUGUCAUACAAAGUGUUGGAAAAACUGUUGGUUAUUUAUUUAAAACCAUAGCUUCAUAUUAUGUACAGCUUAAAAAGGGAUAUUUUUAUAAAGUAAUGUAUUGUUUUAAUAUUAAAUAAAUAUGUAAAAAAAAAAUAAAGACAAUGUGAAAAGAAACUUUUAACUUCUAGAAUAAAUUGUUUACUCUGUUAAUUGAGUUCAUUGACAUCACAGAAACAUUGGUUUCUGUGAUGUAAGGUAAGCACUAGAUUAUCAUUAAAAAGUGAAAGCCAAACAUCUCUGAAAGUCUUAACAUGAAAUUAAAAGAUCAAACACAGCUGUAGGAACGUACUGAUGUCAAUUAUGCCUUCAUAUCACAAAGAAUUGUUUAAGUGUGCACCUGCUCCAAGAUACAAAUGUUGAUAUACCAAGCAAAAUCUACAGUUAGCCACUGAAUUAAAUUAAAUAAUAAAAAAAUCAGACAUGAAUCUGAGAAAUGUUUGACAGAAAUGCUUUCCGCAUAAAUUAAACAGCAUGCAAAAUAAAAAAAUGCUACAUUGAAAACUCACAUCCCAACAUUUCCGAGCUAAACACAGGCCUGAAAAUCAAAUAUUCCAUUCCUAAAGUCCAAAUGGAAAAAAAAAAAAAAGAAAAAAAAAAAAAAA